GUCGCGCAUGCGCACUAGCCAUCAUAAACACGUGGAUUCGAUUUUGAGCAGAAAACAUGGGAAGACCAGGUUUUACACCAAGAGGGGACCGGGGCGGUCGAGGGGGAUUUGGCGGCGGACGUGGAGGAGGUCGCGGGGGAUUUGGUGAUAGAGGAGGACGCGGAGGUGGACGAGGUGGAUUCCGAGGAGGUAGAGGUGGUGACCGAGGGGGUGGACGCGGCCGAGGAGGGGGGCGUGGUGGUGGCCGAGGGGGUAUGAGAGGUGGCCGCACAACCGUCAUUGAACCCCACAGGCACGAGGGUGUCUUCAUCGCCAGAGGCAAGGAGGAUGCAUUAGUAACGAAGAAUAUGGUGCCCGGUGAUGCUGUAUAUGGAGAGAAGAAAAUCAGUGUAGAGACAGGAGAUAUCAAAAUUGAGUACAGGGCGUGGAAUCCUUUCCGAUCAAAGUUAGCAGCGGCCAUCUUGGGUGGUGUUGACAAGAUUCACAUGAAGCCAGGAAGUAAGGUGUUGUAUUUGGGAGCUGCGUCAGGAACGACCGUCAGUCACGUCUCAGAUAUUGUUGGACCGGAAGGACUUGUUUAUGCUGUUGAAUUCUCACACAGAAGCGGACGAGAUCUUAUAAAUGUUGCUAAGAAGAGGACGAAUAUCAUUCCGAUCAUCGAGGACGCCAGGCAUCCACAUAAAUACAGAAUGUUAGUCGGUAUGGUCGACACGAUAUUCGCCGACGUAGCGCAACCUGACCAGGCACGUAUCGUUGCCAUCAAUGCGCACCACUUCCUCAAGAACUCCGGACACAUCGUUAUAUCAAUCAAGGCCAACUGCAUCGAUUCCACGGCCGCACCAGAAGCUGUUUUUGCCGGUGAAGUGAAUAAGCUCAAGGCGGAGAAAAUCAAACCCCAGGAACAGUUAACGUUAGAACCGUAUGAGAGGGACCAUGCUGUUGUUGUGGGAGUAUACAGACCCCCACCAAAGAAGUGAAGAUAGGACGCAAACACGAAGGACUAUUGUGUGUUCAUGCAAAAGACUUUGAAAGAGACUGAAUAGAAUAGUGUUUGAAUUUGACGUCAACUCUGAAUGAAACUAUGACUUGGAAGUUGCCGUCUUUUGUCUCUAAAUCAUACUCGGACAUGUCAUCUUUUAUUUCCUCCUUGGACAUGAGUCGCAAUAUACUGCAAAUGAGAAAGUUAUAGUGCUGAAAUAAGUUUUCAGUUCCUGCUGUGGAGAGGCUUAGGGGCGUGUUUGAUUUGGGGGUGGGGAAGUUUGUCCAUAGCAAUCAUGUAUUUAUGAAUUUUCUCAAGUGGGUACUAGCAUACAUUGCUAAUGUCACUUUUUGAUUUCUGUAAAUUUGAACCUUUCAUUUGCCGACAUUGAGUCUUUUGACUUGGGUAUUCUGUUCAAAGAUUAUGACAAUACUGGGUUCUUAUAAGCCUUACAUUUUUUUUCUGAUCCUUGGGCAGUUCUGAAGUCAGCAUCAUGCCUCGGAAUGUUAUUUUACAGAGGAUGAACGGUUUUGUAAAAUUUCGUAUUCUAGUUUUAUGGAAAAGCUUUGGGCCACAGAGUUUAUUGUCGGAUAUUGUUCCGAUAGUAAAGGAUGUUCACAAAAAGUCUAAAUGAAUGGGCGAUGACUAUUUUGAGAUCUGUGAAAAUGGUUGCUUUCUGCCUCAAGACCUUCUUUAUCAAAAUAUUUUAAUUCAUAUACUGCCAGUUCUUAGUCAAUAGUUGAUUGUGUUCAAUGGUAAUUUUGAGAUCAGAAUCAAAACUUUCUGAUGUGUGUGAAUUCAUGCCCUUGGGUAAUGAAGGUUUUGAUUGUAAUGGCUGGUAUGAGCAUUUUAUAUACUGUAAAAUUUAUGUCCAGAAUAAAUUUUAU